AUGAACGACGUGCUCCCAUCGUACGAGGCCGCGAACACCAGGGACUACUGGUCCAUCAUCGCCCGGUACAUAUCGUCCGCGGAUCUCUGCUCGGCAGCCCUCGUCUGCAAGCAGUGGGCUGCCAUCUUCACCCGCCAGCUGUGGGGCAAUCCAGCCUCGCAUUUCGGCGUGGAAAAUGAUGUCGUCUACGUCGCCCUCGUUCGUUUCCGGCGCACCAUCCGGUGGGCCAGGCUGAGCACGAGAGAGCUGACACACACGCUCCACCUGCCACCAGCGCACGCGGAAAUCUACGACGGCCCCCACGCCGAAUGGCUGCGCGACAUCCUCGAGUAUCUGCCACGCCUUCAGUCACUAAUCGUCUACGGACUGCCGUUUUUCGACCACGGCGCAUUGAUCACCCUCCGCCGCCCGAGCAAUCCAAGGCUCUCGUCGCUCUCGGACAGCCUUCGCAGAUUGACUUAUGAUUUCCCCCAGUUCUGGCUGCGGUACCUGGACGCGUCGGCCUGCUCCAACGCCACGUACAGCGGCCUGGCCGAGGCGCUGCAGCAUUUUCCCGCGCUGCUGUACCUUGACCUCUCGCGGACCAAGUCGGCAAAGGGCGCCGACGUGCUGUCGGUGCUGAAGCAUUGCCACAGCCUGCGCAUCUUGAAGCUAAGGGGGCUGGGGCUGAAGGAUGCAGAGAUCGAGGCGCUGGCGACGGCCGUGAAGACGCGCCUAAAGAGCCUCGAUGUCCGCAAUAACCAACUGACAGAUGCGAGCGCACGCAUUCUUCUCGAUAAUUGCUUCAGCCUGAGAAAGCCAUGGCCACCGCGGCGCCCUGACGGCGGCCCGUUGGCAUCUUCAGAGACGGUCGAUUCCCCUGCGUCGCCGUCGUCGCCGGCCAUGCGCCACCCGUUCGUCUUCGACCAGUACGCGAACGAGGACCUGGACCGCGUGCUGCGGGCGAAGCUGGUGGGCGAGUUCGCGGGCAACGCAUUCAUCAACGACGCCUACGCCGACGGCAUCACGCACCUGUACAUCUCGGACAACAACAUCACCGUCGAGGGCGUCUCGGGCCUGCUGCACUCCAAGCGCCUCCACGUGCUCGACGCGGGCACCGUGGCCAGGGGGCUGACGCGGAAGCCGAGGCCGCCGUCGCUGCUGUCGUUCGAGGAGGCGGAUGGCCCUGCGGAGGAGUUUGCUAUGCCGGGCGCGGAGAAGCUCUCGCCCAUCAUCAAGAAGUUCGCGGCGGGCCGCAUGACGUACCUGCGCAUCAAUCAUGCUGUUAUUACCGAAGAGACAGCGACUGCGGAUCUUGCGGUUGGUAGGGUCGAGAUGGAGGGCGAUCUCGGCAUCUACGCGCCGUCGUCAGCGCAGGAGCUUGACGGGUUUAAUGAGGUGCAUGAGGCGCCGACGGAUGGCGCUGCGGUGCAUGAGAUGCCGGCGGGGGAUCAGGUGCUACCGGUUGAGCUGCCUGCUACGGCAGAGUCCCAGGUGUUUGAACUGCCUGGUGACUUUCCGUCCAAACCGGCCGUCGUGAUCGAUCCGCCGCCGCCGUCCACACCACCACCACCACCACCACCCGAACCGCAACCCCAACCCGACGACGAUGAUGCCGUCGCCACGGAGGAGCAGCUCCUCCACGGAACCGAGAAGAUCAAACUAUCCGAAGCAGAGCCUCCUGCGUCCUUGCCGUCCGACGACGGCUCAUCCGCCCCCGAACCCCUCGCCACCCUCCAGGCGCACGACACCCAACGUCGUCGCCGCGCCUCCUCCCUCGCCGUCGACGACCGCCGCGCCCGCCUCGACUUCCGCCAAUCCAACGAACACCACCUACACCCAGGCAUGCUCCCCGCCCUCGACACCCUCGUCCUCACCGACGUGCCGCGCGAAGUCGAGAACCCGGCCAUCGUCAAACGUCUGACGCAGUUCAUCGCCGACUGCGCCGAGGAAACGCACCUCGCCCGCCUCGCCGCAAGGGGGGCUUACGCCCUGCCGCCUGGACGCGAUCGGCAGCUUGCUGAGCGCGAGUUUGCGAGGGGGGUGUUUGGGUUGAGGAGGGUGGUGCUGGAGAUGGAGCCCGUCGGCGUGGUGAAGAAGAGGAAGGUCGGGGCCUGGCGCCAGUACCCGUCCAAGUCGUCGACGGAAGACCCGGACUCGGAGGCGUUUUGGGCGGCGGCGGAGAGGGAUUUUUCGUUUUUUGGCGACGAGGAGUGUGGUGUGCCGUCGUUGGAGCCGGGCGGGAGGUCGUUGCCGCCACUCGCGGGGAUGAGCGAGAAGGUCGUCGUGCUGCCAGACGCGGCUGCUGGACCGGUGCCGGUCCUCGUGCAGCAUGAGGCUAGGCGCCGGAUCGACGUUUGUGCGGAGUUGACGAGGUUUAGGAAGGGGAGGAGGGCGGCGUAUCAGGCGGCGCUGUUGGCCAGAGGGGGUGGGGGAGGGGGAGAGGGUGAGGCGGAGGUCGUCGAGGUCGAGGGGUACUGGGAGGGUGAGAUUCAGGUCGUUCGGCCGCCGCCGAGGACGGUGGAGGGAGGGGCGGGGGUGGAUGGGGAGUUGGGUGGGGGCGAGGUCGAUUGUUAUGGGAAUUAUUUUGAGAAGGGGUAUAAUUAUAGAUAG